AUGACAGACGCAAUUUCCAUCGAAGAGACCAACAGGCUGCGGGUGUCUCUUGGCAUGAAGCCAUUACCCGUUCCUGGAUCCAACGGCGCCGGCUUGAACGACACAACAUCAGCAUCUCCGCCUGUCGACGACGUAGGUAGCACUCUCGAGAGUCGCCAAGCCGAAGGCUACGACAAUUAUCGCACGUUACAGAAAGCAGAGGAGGCGAAAAGGAAACGUGACGCGAAAGCCGAAGCUAUCAAAAAGGCCCGCGAUGCUGCCAAGCGGUUCUCGAAGCUGGAAGGCAAAGGCCUGGGAGAGGCAGAGGAAGGCGAAUUAGAUGCGAAGGCCUGGUUGCUGAAACAGAGGAAGAGACAAAAGGAAAUCGAGAAGGCAAGGAGGAGGGAACAAGAGCUAGCGGAUGCUGAGGCCGUUGCACAGUAUACUACAGUGGAUCUCGCUGGUGUCAAGGUUGGGCAUGAGCUGGAAACGUUUGAAGAUGGAGAAGAACAAGUUUUGACUCUCAAAGACACGACUAUCGAUGAGAAUGAGGAGGAGGGCGACGAACUCGAGAACUUAGAUUUACGCGAACGAGAAAAACUCCACGAGAAGCUAGAACUCAAGAAGAAGAAGCCUGUCUACAACCCCAACGACGUCGACGAGUCGGGCGACAAGAGCAUUUUGGCCCACUAUGAUGAAGAAAUCGAAGGCAAGAAAACCAAGAGAUUUACCCUUGAUGGCAAGGGAAGCAUCGCGGAAAUAAGUGCUGAACGUGGCGCCGCGGUAAAGGCCAAGCCCAAAGCCAUUAGUCUAGAUAUUUUAAAAGACGACGUCAGGUCUGACUACAUGGAUAUAUCGGAAGUGAAAGUCAGAAAGCCAAAGAAAAAGAAGGCGAAAUCAACCCGUCAAAAGGCUGUGGACGAGGACGAUAUAUUCCCCCCUAUCGAAACCACCGGCAGCCCUGCAGAUAAUGGAAAUGGAAUGGAUAUUGACCAGCCAGCCGAACCUGCCAAGAAGCGCACUUAUGAUGAUAUGUCACUGGUUGAUGAUGACGAUCUGCAGGCAUCGCUCGCUGCUCAGCGAAGAAACGUCCUAAAGAAGCGCCAAAAGCUAAGACCGGAGGAACUGGUUCAGCAAAUGCGAGAAGAAGCUUCUGCUACACCUGCCGGUGAAAACGAAAUAGACGACACCCCAACUGGUUUAGUGAUUGAUGAGACAUCUGAGUUUGUAGCGAACUUGCAGAAACCCGUCGCGCCAGAGCAAAAGCGGAGACCAAGUUCUCAACCAGCCGAGGUAGUAACAACAAUGGAAGAUGACUCUGACGAGGAUGUCAAUAUGGAUCGAUCAUACGCCGAUAUUGAAGAUGAGGAGGAUCGCAAGGCUCGGCUAGAGAGGGAAACAUCUGCCAGCGCGGACAUGACAGAAACUGGGCUGGAACGAGAAGCUACACUGGAAAAGGGACUUGGCUCCACUUUGAACCUUCUAAAAGGCAGAGGAAUCAUCCGAACGGAAGACACCGGAGAUCUCAAUGCAAUCUUUAGACAAAAACAGAAGUUCUUGGCCGAGAAACAGCAUCGCGAGGCAGAUGCCGAGAAGAAGGCUCGAACUCAAAGAGAACGAGAUCGUGCAACAGGUCGCUUGGAUCGGAUGUCUGCUCGAGAGAAGGAGGAUUAUGCGCGAUCUCAAAACACAUACCGAGACCAACUGGAGUCCCGCCAAUUGGCCGACCAUUUCAACAAGGAGUACAAGCCGAACGUGGAGCUGAAGUACGUCGAUGACUUUGGCCGGCACAUGAACCAGAAGGAAGCCUUUAAACAUUUGUCACAUCAGUUCCACGGAAAAGGAAGCGGGAAGCAAAAGACUGAGAAGUUACUGAAGAAAAUUGAGGACGAGAAGCGCAGGGAGGCUCAGAGCACACUAGACGGAUCGCAAAUGGGUGGCAUGAGCGGUGCGGCUGCACAGCAGUUAAAGAAGCAGAGACAAGCCGGUGUCAGGCUGGCAUGA